UAUAUACCUAUGUAAAUUCAAUUGCAAAAACAAAACAAAAUUAAGUCUGAAAUUAUGAAUAAACUGGAUUAUCCGCGUCGCAAUGGUACACAUAAGAUACGAAUAACGCUAUUGUGUGCUAGGAAUUUGGCGCGCAAGGAUUUGUUUCGGUUGCCCGAUCCGUUUGCAAAAGUUCAGGUGGAUGGCACCGGGCAGGUCUACUCCACAGAGAUAAGCAAGUCCUCGCUGGAUCCCAAAUGGAAUGCGCACUACGAUCUGUUUCUGGGGCGUGGCGAUUCGAUAACGAUAACCGUUUGGAAUCAGCGAAAGAUACACAAGGGCAGCGGAUUUCUGGGCUGUGUGCGCAUUCCCGCCGUGACCAUACAGAGUCUAAAGGGCACGGGAUUUCAACGCCUGGAUCUUGGUAAAUUGUCCCCGGACGACGAUGAGUUGGUGCGCGGGCAGAUCAUCAUCUCGCUGCUUGCCAAAGAUGGACCCUGCAGUGGCAACCCGCUGGCCAUUGUGGGACCCAGCGGCGAUGUGCGUGGUCCGUCAGAGGAGGAGUCCUCCUCGGUGGAUCACCUGCCGGAAGGCUGGGAGGAGCGACGCACGGACAACGGACGCAUCUACUAUGUGAAUCAUGCGACCAAAUCGACGCAAUGGGAUAGACCCAGAGUGCCGGCAACGCCAGCGGGGACAAAGUCGCCGCAGCAGCGUCAUCAGCACAAUGGCAACAACGUGGACAGGCAGCCGCCGGCAGGUCCAACACGCUCCACAACUUGCACAAAUCUGCUCAACGGCCACAGCAAUCGUCAGAUGUCGCGCGAGAUGUCAGACGAGCGGCGUCACUCAACGGAAAUACUCUCUAGUGUAGGCGUGGGCGGGGCGGGUGGUAAAGAGAACACCAGUCCCAGCUCGGGAACCGCGGGAACGACGACGACGACGACAGCGACGGCCACACCGGGUAAAAAGUCAACGUCCAGUCGAGCGGGAAAUGCGGCACUGGAGCCAUCUACGCCCAACAACAGCACCAGCWGCAACAGCAACAGCAACGGCAGCAGCAGCAACAAUGCGACAACAACAACGACAACGACGGCGACUGGUCGCCUGCAUAGCAGCAACAACGACAAUCAUGUGAAAACGCCAAAGCAUCAAGCAUCGACAGCACUGAACGGGCAUGCGCCGGGCGAGGCGACGCCCACAUCGCCCACUGGCCAGCAGAACUAUGUGAACGGCAACGCACAGAGUGUCCAGUCGGCGCAGCCUCAGCACGGCUCCAGCAACGGCUGGCAGGCGGAGGAUGGCACGACAACGGCACCGACAACGACAACCACGCCUGCAACAACACCGCCCAGGCAGAGCCCCACCGCUGCCACCACGACAUCUUCAUCAUCAACGCCUGCCACACCCACCACCGCCAACAGCAGCAGCAACGGCAAUGGCAACGGCAACGGCAGCGUGCAUAGUCCGAAUGCGAACAGUAGUCAGCCAGUUAGCAGCAGAUCGGAGAGGACGGCAGCGACGGCAACGCCUGCGCAGCGUUCGCAGCGGCGCAGCUCGCGUCAGGCAGCAGAGGAAGCAGCGGCGCGUCGGAGAUCGUCACGGGGCACGCGAAAUACUGGGGCAGGUGGUGCGGCCAUGCCGGGUGGUGUGCGUUACGGCUCGGCAGCUGUAGCGGCGGCAAAUCAGGCGGCGCGUCCUUUUCUGGACUUGCCACCGGGCUAUGAGAUGCGCACGACACAGCAGGGUCAGGUGUAUUUCUAUCAUAUACUCACUGGGGUCUCCACGUGGCAUGAUCCGCGCAUACCUCGCGAUCUUGACACGCAGCAUCUGUCGCUGGACGAGAUUGGGUCGCUGCCAAGCGGCUGGGAGCAGCGUAAGACGGCCUCGGGCCGCGUUUACUUUGUAGAUCACAAUAAUCGCACCACCCAGUUCACGGAUCCACGGCUGAGCGGCAGCAUACUCCAAAGGAUAUGCAAUGGCAGUGGAAAUGCGCCAGCAGCGACACCAAAUAGUGCAGCGGCAGCUCCACCAGCAACAGCAGCACCACCACCGACUGCAGCACCACCACCUGCGACCUCGAACACUGGCAGUACGACAGCCACACCGCAUCGCCGAGCUACGCCGCACAUUGUGGUGCCGGACCUGCCGCAGGGUUUGCUUGAAGGCGCUGAUCUACUGCCAAAGUAUCGACGCGAUUUGGUUGGCAAAAUGCGGGCAUUGCGUUCGGAACUGCAAACGUUGCAGCCACAGUCGGGCCACUGUCGGCUGGAGGUGUCGCGCAGCGAGAUUUUUGAGGAGAGCUACAGACUGAUUAUGAAGAUGCGCGCUAAGGACAUGCGCAAACGGCUCAUGGUCAAGUUCAAGAACGAAGAGGGCCUGGAUUAUGGUGGGGUGGCACGCGAAUGGCUUCAUCUGUUAUCCCGCGAGAUGCUCAAUCCACACUACGGCCUAUUCCAGUACAGCCGCGACGAUCAUUAUACGCUGCAAAUCAAUCCCGAUUCAAGCAUCAAUCCCGAUCACCUGUCCUACUUUCAUUUCGUUGGCCGCAUUCUGGGCAUUGCGGUUUUCCAUGGUCAUUGUCUCGAUGGCGGCUUCACCACGCCCUUCUACAAGCAACUGUUGAACAAACCCAUCACCCUAGGAGAUAUUGAGGGUGUGGACCCUGAACUGCAUCGCAGUCUCACUUGGAUGCUGGAAAGCAAUAUCAGCGGGAUUAUCGAGUCCACAUUUAGCGUGGAGAACAAUAGCUUUGGAGCUCUGGUGGUGCACGAGCUGAAGCCCGGCGGGGCGUCUAUUCCCGUUACCGAGGAGAAUAAGCGCGAGUAUGUAAAGCUUUAUGUGAACUAUCGGUUUAUGCGUGGCAUCGAGCAACAGUUUUUGGCACUGCAGAAAGGCUUCUGCGAACUGAUACCCAGCCAUUUGUUGCGGCCAUUCGAUGAGCGCGAAUUGGAAUUGGUUAUUGGAGGCAUCUCUAGCAUCGAUGUCAAUGACUGGCGCAGUAAUACGAGAAUGAAACAUUGUACCAAUGACACACCUCAGGUUCAGUGGUUCUGGCAGGUGGUUGAGUCGUACAGCUCUGAGAUGCGUGCACGCUUACUGCAAUUUGUGACGGGCUCUUCGCGGGUGCCGCUGCAAGGAUUUCGUGCGCUGCAAGGCUCUACAGGAGCGGUGGGGCCACGUCUGUUUACCAUACAUCUAACGGCAGAUGUGCCCACACAAAAUUUGCCCAAGGCACACACCUGCUUCAAUCGCAUUGACUUGCCGCCCUACGAAAGCUAUCAGCUGCUCUGUGACAAGCUGACGCAAGCCGUUGAGGAAACCUGUGGAUUUGCUGUGGAAUAAUUACAACGCACACAUACACAAAUACAGACACACCCACACACACAUACAUGCAUAUACACACUCUUACACAUACGAGCGCAUUCUUGUACACUCAUUCUUGCAUUAUAUCACUUACAAGAAUAUAUAAAAGCGAUUUGAAAUCAAAAUUAUACUGGCCUGCGUGCCCCCCCAAAAAAAAAAAAAAAUUGCAUUGGAAUUUGUCUGUUGAAAAAUGCUCCGCAAUGCUGUUUAGUGUUUUGCUGCGCCUUUUGCAG